AUGAAACUACUAUAUUUUUUGUUCUUGGGGCUUGCAUUGGAGACUGCUGCUUUUUCAAUUCCCAACCUCGAGGCUCGGAAGUCCAAAAGAUGCAUAGGCAACACAGUCCACACCCGGAAAACGUGGUGUGAAUAUGACAUCAACACCGAUUACACCACUGUUGUUCCCAACACGGGUGUGACGCGUCAAUAUUGGUUCUCCGUUGAUGAAGUUACCGUCGCCCUAGAUGGCUUUUCACGUCCAGCAAUGGCGGUCAACGGGACCUAUCCCGGGCCCACCAUUUAUGCAAACUGGGGAGACGAGGUGGUCGUACAUGUCACCAACCACCUCGAUGAAUCGGGGAAUGGAACAAGCAUUCACUGGCAUGGAAUUCGGCAGAACUAUACAAAUCCAAAUGAUGUAUUUGGCGGCAUCAUUAUUGAUGGGCCUGCGAGCUCCAAUUACGAUGUUGACAAGGGCGUUCUGUUCCUCAAUGACUGGUCUCAUCAAACAGCGGACGAGCUAUAUACUUACGCUCAAACGCAAGGCCCGCCAACCCUGAAUAACGGAUUGAUCAAUGGAACCAACGUAUACAAUGGCACCACUGGUGGCUCUCGUUUUACGAUGCGAGCCAAUCAAGGCGAGUCCUAUCGACUCCGGAUCAUCAAUGCGGCAAUUGACACCCAUUGGAAGUUUAUGAUUGACAACCAUACACUGACAGUCAUUUCCAUGGAUCUUGUGCCGAUCGAGCCCUACACAACUAAUUUCAUCAACAUUGGAAUGGGCCAGCGAUACGACGUCAUAGUCACCGCCAACCAGGCCUUGGUGGCAAGAAACUUCUGGAUGCGUGCUGUACCACAGACCCAGUGUUCCGAAAAUGACAGCGUCGAUAACAUCAAGGGCAUCUUCCACUAUGAUACGAGGAUAGGCACGCCUGAGACAAGUCCCUACGAAUUCCAAGAUGGCUGUGUUGAUGAAGAUAUGAGCAACCUAGUUCCCAUCGUUUCAAAAUCAGUUUCUCCCGCAGACUGGAGCUCCGUGGAGGAUGUGGCUGUAAGCACCAAUGCAAACAAUCUCUUCCGUUGGUAUUUGAACAGUACCACUAUGGAGGUCGCAUGGCAGGAUCCUACAUUGCUUCAGAUUUAUAAUAACGCCACCACUUUCUCCGACUCCAGCGGCAUAAUUGAGCUGCCGAAUGCCAAUGAGUGGGUCUACCUGCUCAUCAACACCUCAAUGCCAAUCGCUCAUCCAAUCCAUUUGCAUGGGCACGAUUUCUUUAUCCUUGCACAAGGGUCAAACCCCUGGGAUGGCACCACGGUAUCGUCCACAAAUCCUCCUCGGAGAGAUACCGCCAUGCUUGAGAGCGCCGGGUAUCUGCUCAUUGCAUUCGAGACGGAUAACCCUGGUGCAUGGCUGAUGCACUGUCAUAUUGGAUGGCAUACCUCAGAAGGCUUUGCUUUGCAGUUUGUUGAGCGUUCUGAUGAGAUCAAAGAUUUAAUUGAUUAUCAAACGCUGAACCAGAACUGCGUGGCUUGGACAGCAUAUGACUCUGCAUAUGGCAUUGAACAGGAGGAUUCGGGUGUUUGA